AAAUUACUUCUGCUGUCAAGGGAGGCUACUCUUAAUAAAAAAUAUGGCAACAAAAUUGUUCAGCCAGAAAUGUUGCCUUUGCCUGGCCACUGUGAAACAGUUAAGACUUCUUCGACCGGCAGUUUCUAGAUGUUACCAGACAAAUCAUGGGGAAGAACAGCAAACGGCAGAUAUUGUUAUAUCAGGUGGAGGAAUGGUAGGAGCAGCAAUGGCCUGUGCAUUGGGUCAUGAGAGUUUACUACAAAAUAAGAAAAUAGUUUUGCUGGAGGCUGCUCCUAAGAAAACUUUGAUUUUGAGUGAAAGUUAUGGCAACAGAACAUGUACACUUAGUCCUGCAACAAUACAGCUGCUUGAAAAAUGUGAUGUUUGGUCCGAAAUUGAAGAGAUGAGAUGCCAGAAAGUAUUAAGAAUGCAGGUUUGGGAAUCUUGUUCAAAUUCACUGAUUACCUUCAAUCAAGAGGACAUGGCAGAUGAACUGGCAUAUGUAGCAGAAAAUGAUGUCAUACAAGAAGCUCUUACACGUAACCUAGAUACAAUUCAGGACCGAGUUGAAGUGAUGUACAAUACACGAGUGGAGAAUAUUGCUGUACCUGGUGUUACUAAAGAUAUGGACAGUAAUGCAUGGGUCAAAUUAUUUAUUAAUAAUGGACAGACACUUAAAACAAAACUUUUGAUUGGAUCUGAUGGUUUCAAUUCUUCUGUAAGGAAAGCAGCAAAUUUUCACACACUGUCCUUCAAUUACAACCAGAAAGCUGUUGUAGCAGUGUUGAAUAUUUUAGGGACUGAUAACAAUGUUGCCUGGCAGAGAUUUUUACCCACAGGUCCUAUAGCAAUGUUACCUUUGUCUGAUACAGUUAUGAGUUUAAUAUGGACAACAUCACCUGAGGAUGCUAAACAUCUGGUCUCAUUGUCUGAUGAAAGUUUUAUAGAUGCUGUCAAUGAUGCAUUUUGGCAUGAUAGAGAUAUGAAUCAAGUUGCUCAGAAAGCUACAAACACGUUCCAGAGUUUGCUCCAGACAGUUUCACCAGGUGGAACAUCAGUCAGGCAGUUGCCCCCUACCGUUACAGGUGUACAAAACAACAGCCGAGCUUCCUUCCCACUUGGUCUUACACAUGCCUCCAACUAUGUCAGACACAGGGUAGCUUUAAUUGGGGAUGCAGCUCACAGAUUUCACCCCCUUGCUGGUCAAGGAGUGAAUCUUGGUUUUGGUGAUGUCAGUAAAUUAGCUGAAGUCAUAGCAAAAGCUUCUGAAGAUGGCAGUGACCUAGGAACAUUAUCUUACCUUAAAGAAUAUGAGACAUCUCGUCAGAGAAAGGUGCUACCAGUAAUGAGUACCAUAGAUGGAUUACAGCGACUCUACAACACUGACUUUACUCCUGUUGUUUUACUUCGCUCACUGGGUUUACAAGCUGUCAAUGCUUUAACACCAAUAAAGGAAAAAAUAAUUGAACAAGCAUCUAAAAAGUGAACCAGAUACUACAGAGCAAGAAGUGUUACAAGACUAUGUGUGCAAUACAAAGCUAUAAGAAUUUACUUUAAGUGAAAGUGAACAAGAGUGCUUGUAAUCUAGUAAAAAAUAGUGCUAGUAAAAUCUGUGUAUUUUUCUCAAAUA